AUGCCCCUCCUUCGUGCGGGCAUCCCCGCCCUGCUCGUGUGUUUGCUAGUAUUUCUGCCAUCAGCCCACGCCUUUGGCGCUGGAAAUAUUGCAUCCAUCUCUGCUAUUGAGGGCAAGAAUUGGCGCCAUGGCGAUAUUGAAGAUGUCCUCAGAACUAUUGCGUUUAUCCAUGGACAUAAAUGGACUUCCACCAUGAUCAAGCGCGUUUAUUUCGGAAACUGGUUGCGCGACUACUCGCAGGCGAUGGAUGUCGGGACCCUGAAAAGUCUCCAGGCGGAGACGAUUCGCAUCUUAGUGUGGGUCCUUUCGUUCCUGACCUUCGGCUUUGCAACGGGUGAAUUCGAGGUCACAUCUGAGCGCUUGGGAGUCUAUCGUCCCGAAGAACAUAUUGACAACCCCAAGGACUACGCUGAUAACGAGGAUGCGCGUAAAUUUGACGAGCGUCUUCGGGGACCUGUCCGCCAAGUUGAAUUGGAUAUCGAUAUGGAUACUGGUAUGAAGAAUUAUAUCGCCAAUGAGAAAGGUGACUGGGCAACGAGCGCCGCCUAUGUGAAAUUCAGUUUGGGUCGAAGCAUCCACUAUGGACGCAUGUACACUAAUGGUGGAGAUCACAAGGGUAAGGAGGAAGAUCUUUGUGAAGCACUUCGAUGUCUUGGUCAGGGACUUCAUACCCUUGAGGAUUUUGCAGCACACACCAACUACUGCGAACUUGCCCUGCGAGAAAUGGGUCACCACAAUGUCUUUCCUCACACCGGUACAGCCACCCAGAUCAAUGUUCGAGGACACCAAAUCUUCCCAUUGGUGACCGGUACAUUUGGAAUGGUGGAUUUCUUCCACUCUGUGCUGGGUGAAGCUACCGACCACUUUACACAGUCUGAGGUUAACGAGAUGGAUAUUGCUCUCGGAGAUGCCGAGAACAACGCUCAAUCCAACAAUUCACUCAGUUCUCUGACUGGCUUGCUAGGCAAGAUCCCCGGAACCAGAGACCUAGUCUCUGAGGCCGAGCAUUUAAGACAGCUUUCAGAUGCACAAGAGAUGACCAACCGCUCCAUGGGCUCGCAUAUGGGCUAUGCGCAAACGGGCGGAUCCCGAGGCAUGAACGAACAGUCCCGCGCAUCGCCACAGCCUGGCACAGAUGGUACAUCACCAGGACCCGGUCUUCAAGGAAUGCCUAACUUUAAUCCUCAGGAGACUGUCAGCAAAAUCUACCCAAUUCUAGAGUUUCGUGACAAGGUUGUCCGAAAAUUGAACUCGAUCAUUGAGAAGAUCCCAGGUCUCGAGGCUAUAGUCGAAAAGAUCUCCGAAACACUUACUGUCUUCAUAAUGUCUUUGCUGGCACCAUUUGUACGACCUAUCAUUAACGCCGCCUCCAAGUCUUUGCAGACUGGUUCCUCUGGCGUCAUCACUGCAUCUGGCAAGCACCAAUACGAGCCAUGGACUGACCCCCACUGCACCGAUCCUACUCACUCGCUACUCUCAAAGGAUCACUUCGCCAACAUCCUCAACGAGCCAGCCGGUCAGGUCGCCACCGCUAUCGUCAAAUAUGUUGCGCCCCGUAUCCUCUAUGCCUGGCAGCAUAUCGAUGUUCCAGAGCACGAGGUUCUCGAGGAUUGUAUGAACAUCUUCCACCACCCUGCGUUCCGAAACAUGCACAAUGAAGCCCAUCGCACGAUGUUCGAAGCUGUCGGUAACUGGGUACACUCCCGUGAAGAUCGCGGCGCAAAUCUAAACCAUGUUCUCAGUUCCGAGGGUGUCAGAUCGGGAAAAAAUACCGGAGGCGUUCCUCACACCCAUAGCGGUGGAAAUGGAGGGUUUGCUGCGCUUGGUGGCGGCUCUCAUGGCCAUGGUCAAGCUCAUGGUCAGAGUCAGGGUCAUUCAUCAAGUGGAUUCAGUGGAAUUUCCUCAUUUCUCUCAGGGCAGCAGCAUUCUAGCUCGCAGCAAUCAGGAUCCCAUGGUGCUUCGGGAAUCUCCUCAUUUCUUUCAGGACAACACUCUAGCUCGCAGCAAUCAGGGUCCCACGGUGCAUCAGGACUACCUUGGGACAAGAUUUCUCAUCUUCCUAUUCCCGGUAUGUCUAAUUUGAAUAAGCUUAAUAAGUUGGAAAGUACUAUUUCGAACUUCAUGCCUGGUGGUCUGUCGCAUGGAGCGAGGGGCUUGGAAGGGGAUGAGGCUGAGAAGGAGAAUGAGCCAUAUCAUCAAGAACAGCAGCACCAUGGCCAGCAUCAUCAUAGCCAUCAUCAACAUGGCCAACAUCGACAUGGGUAUGAGGAAUAG